AUGUUAUCUUUCCCUGUCACUUCACUUCACAUCCCAACACCUGUAGGAACCCCAACAGCCCCAUUCAAAAAAUCCAUCUUCCUCAACUCACAAUUUCAUCCAACACUUCCCUUGUUUAAAAGCAACGCUUCAAAAUUCAAGCUUUUCACUGCCUUAUCACCACCUUCUCCAUUAACAGAUGAAAGUAGUAAUAUUCAAGUGGAUGAUGAGGCAGAAGGUGAAACAGGUUCGGAGAAAUUUGAUUGGUACUCACAGUGGUACCCUUUGAUGCCAAUUUGUGAACUUGACAAAAGGGCACCUCAUGGGAAGAAGGUUAUGGGGAUUGAUGUGGUUAUAUGGUGGGAUAGGAAUGAAGGUGCAUGGCAAGUGUUUGAUGAUGCGUGUCCUCAUAGAUUGGCACCUUUGUCUGAAGGAAGGAUUGAUCAAUGGGGUAGGUUGCAGUGUGUGUAUCAUGGUUGGUGUUUUAAUGGAUCUGGUGAUUGUAAGUUCAUUCCUCAGGCACCUUCUGAUGGUCCUCCGAUUAAUACAUCUAAAAAAGCAUGUGUAGCUGCUUACCCAAGCAUUGUGCAGAACGAUAUCUUGUGGUUUUGGCCAAACACUGAUCCUCAAUACAAAGAUAUUAUUACAAGGAAAAAACCACCAUUCAUACCAGAAAUCGAUGAUCCAUCCUUCACUAGCUUAAUGGGAAACCGAGAUAUUGCUUAUGGAUAUGAACUAUUGAUUGAAAACAUCAUGGACCCUUCACAUAUUCCAUAUGCACAUCAUGGAUUAAUGAAAAUUACACAACCAAAAGUGAAAGCUGAUAGAGAAGGAGGAAGACCACUUGAAUUGUCAAUUGAAAAGCUAGAUAUCAAUGGUUUCUCUGGAAAUCAGGGUGGGAGCAAAACUAAAUUUAUGCCACCAAGCAUCUUUUAUCUGUAUAGUGAUCCAAAUAAACCUGCAUCUUCUGAUGAAUCUAAGAAAUCAUCGGUUCAGAGGAAAAUUUCUUUUAUCUUUAUUUGUAUUCCUGUUAGUCCCGGUAAUAGCAGACUGAUUUGGUGCUUCCCAAGAAACUUUGGACUGUGGAUUGACAAAAUUGUACCGCGAUGGAUGUUUCAUGUUAGACAGAACUUGAUUCUAGAUUCAGAUUUAUAUCUUCUGCAUGUUGAGGAAAAGAAAAUAAUGGAUGUUGGUAAAGCUAAUUGGCAUAAGAUCUGUUUUAUGCCAACAAAGGCAGAUGCAUUUGUGACUGGUUUUAGAAAGUGGUUAAAGAAGUAUGCAGGUGGUGAAGUUGAUUGGAGAGGAAAAUAUAGCGGUGCUCUUCCUCCUACACCUCCUAGAGAAGAGCUUAUGAACAGGUACUGGAGCCAUGUGGUGAAUUGCAAGAGUUGCAAUUUGGCCUAUAAGAGUCUCAACGUGGUGGAAGUGAUGCUGCAGAUCAUAUCUGUUGCUUCAAUUGGGAUUGUUGCUACAAUGAAGCAGGGCGUAGUUUCAGCUGUAACAAGAAAUUCAAUGAUUGUGCUGGCAGUACUUUUAUUCGCAUUGUCACGGUUGUUAGCUCACUUCAUAUACAAAAACUUCCGUUAUCAUGACUACAACCACGCCUUUCGCCGAAAUGUGUUUCCUUAG